AUUAACAAAGCGUACGGCGGCGUUUAACUCUGCCCUGUCCACUAUUCUUCAGUAGCGAAGGAAGGACCGAGCUGGAGAGAAGAACAAGAUGAACGCCCCCGAUCGUUACGAACGCUUCGUCGUUCCUGAGGGUGUCUCCAAGGUGUCUUACGAGCGGGACACGAAGAUUAUAAAUGCUGCGUCGUUCACUAUUGAGCGUGAGGAUCACACCAUCGGCAACAUUCUCCGCAUGCAAUUGCACAGGGAUGAGAACGUUAUGUUCGCUGGCUACAAGCUGCCUCAUCCUCUCCAGUACAAAAUACUUAUAAGGAUCCACACGACCAGCCAAUCGUCACCUAUGCAAGCAUAUAAUCAGGCCAUCAAUGAUCUGGAUAAAGAACUUGAUCAUCUGAAAAAUGAAUUUGUGGCGGAGUUGGCUAAGCGACCGCAGAGGCUGCCAGAUUAUUGAGCUUGUGUCUAGAGUCGCUGAUCGGGUUUUACAAAACCUCGUGAGUUAACCGGCUAGCUAUCGAAUGGAACAUUUUAUGUAGGAACUGUGGUGAAUUUGCUUGUCAUUCUACUUCUGAUCGUGUUGGAAUAUUUCAUCAGAAAAAAAAAAUGAUUAGAAUUUGGGGUGUAUUUUGGUGUGAUUCUAUCGUUUGGACUGUGUUUAUAUUGAAGUUUCGAAUUUUGAAAAUAGGAAAAAACAAUAAAUAUAUUUAAUGUAAUAUUUUCGAGGGAAAGAAAAAGAUAUGCUAUAAGUUUUUCUUUUUUUU